UUCAGGCUGAUGACGUAUGGCUGGCGCUGUUGCAGUUUUCAGAGAGCUUAUGGCAUCUGGAGCAAGGAUUCGCUUGAGCUGUAACUCUUGGCAGCAGGGAGUGAUUGCUGACUCGCAUUUUUAUUAUUAUUCUGUUUACUAAAGGAGUUUUUUUAAAGCUAUGAAAAGUAACAGUUUUUAAGUCCCUGGCCGUUUUGUUACUAAUAAUCCGACGAAACUGAAGAGGAGCCGCAGCGAAUCGCUGAAAGUGCCCGGACUUGUGUGAGUUGAGUUCGGACUGAUUUAGUAGUUUCUGUCGGGGAGUUUCUCUCUAUUUGUACCGCUCUGGUUGCUCCGCAUUAUGGCGUUAAGGGCGCGGGCUUUAUAUGACUUUAAUUCCGAAAACCCCGGCGAGAUUUCAGUGAAGGAAAAUGAAAUCGUUACUUUGUACUGUGAGCAAGACAUAGAAGGUUGGUUGGAGGGAGUGAACAGUAGAGGGGAAAGGGGGCUUUUUCCUGCCUCCUACGUGGAGAUCCUGAAGAACACGGCUCCAUCUUUUAACAAUAACAUCUCGGCCGGGGACGGGUAUCAAGCUUCAAAGUAUGCCAAUAUCUCUGGUAGCAGCUUUGAUACAUCUUACAAGACACAGCCAAUAGAUGAAAACUUAUCAAAGACUACUGCUCCUAGUUUUACCAGCUACCCAGUUCCAGUUCAGCAUCCACCCAGUUAUCAGCCCAGUCAGGCGAGUGAUGAUGAUUGGGAUGAUGAGUGGGAUGACAGCUCCACAGUUGCAGAUGAGCCUGGAGUCAUUGGUGGGAGUUUUCCAGACUACGAGGGGAACGGGCCGUCCACAUACAGGAUGUCCACUUCAUCGAUGCCUCGGGGUGGGACUGCCCAGCAAGCCAAGAGCUCGGCAACCGUCAGCAGGAACCUCAACAGGUUCUCGACCUUUGUGAAAUCUGGAGGUGAGGCUUUCGUGUUGGGUGAAGCCUCUGGUUUUGUCAAGGAUGGGGAUAAGAUUUGCGUUGUGAUGGGCCAGUAUGGACCGGAGUGGCAGGAGAACCCUUACCUGUUUGUAUGCUCCAUCGACGACCCCACCAAACAAACCAAAUUUAAGGGCAUGAAAAGUUACGUGGCGUACAAGCUGACUCCCACUCACACACAGAGUACCGUCAGCAGAAGGUAUAAACAUUUUGACUGGCUGUAUACUAGGCUGGUGGAGAAGUUUCCUGUUAUUUCCGUUCCUCACAUCCCCGAAAAGCAAGCCACUGGAAGGUUUGAGGAGGACUUCAUUUCAAAGAGGAGGAAAGGCCUGAUCUGGUGGAUGAACCACAUGACCAGCCAUCCGGUUUUGGCCAGGUGUGAUGUUUUUCAACACUUCCUCACAUGCAGCAGCACUGAUGAAAAGUCCUGGAAACAGGGGAAGAGGAAGGCGGAGAAAGAUGAAAUGGUCGGUGCCAAUUUCUUCCUCACCAUUAGCACCCCCGCAGUUCCACUCGACCUUCAGGACGUGGAAAGUAAAAUCGAUGGCUUCAAGGCAUUCACAAAAAAAAUGGAUGAUAGCGUGGUCCAAGUUAAUACCACCUUCAAUGAAUUUGCCCGAAAGCAGAUUGCUGGAUUUAAGAAGGAGUACCAGAAAGUUGGAUUGUCAUUUAAGAUCCUUGGUCAGGCUUUUGAACUUGACCAACAGCAGUUCUCUGUCGGCUUAAAUCACGCAAUUGCGUACACGGCGGAAGCUUAUGACACCAUUGGAGAGUAUUUUGCUGAGCAGCCCCGACAGGAUCUGGACCCCGUGAUGGACCUUUUAGCCCUCUACCAGGGGCACUUGGCUAACUAUCCAGACAUCAUUCAUGUCCAGAAAGGAGCCCUGACCAAAGUGAAGGAGAGCCAGAAGCACGUGGACGAGGGCAAGAUGGAGGGAUCGAGCGCGGAGGGUAUCUGCGAGCGCUGCAACAUCAUCUCGUUUGCCACGCUGGCCGAGAUCCACCAUUUCCAUCAGAUCCGCGUGCGGGACUUCAAGGCCCAGAUGCAGCACUUCCUCCGUGAGCAGAUUGGCUUCUUCCAGAAAAUCACCACCAAACUUGAGGAGGCCUUGCAGAAGUACGACAACGCCUAGUGCGGUGUUGGCGAGAGGGCACCUGCCUCUCGCUCCCUUAUGCGGAAUUAGCAAGCACUGCCUUAGCACCAUUGGCCGGACUGGGCCUGGCCUCCCUCUCUUCCACACGCUCAGAUCCACUGCAUUCAUCUUUGAUGGCUGUUGAUUUGAGGGGGCGGGAUAUUAUUAUAUUUUUUAACCUUGCCCGGGAAUGUAUUUUUCGGGGAGAUAGUUUAUGCAUUUUUGAUGGCUAACAAGGCCCUGUAUUUGCAUCAGUGCUAUUGCAGCGGUGAGCUUAAGGUGUGUUUAACAUAGUCAGUCAUUUUAACAAAAAAAAAAGUAGCUUACAUGAUGAAAGCAAGUUAUAUCAUUGCUUAUAUUAUCAGUGUAAGUUUUAAUUUUUAAUUAGUUAACACUUAUGUUUAACCAUAUUAUUGAGAAAAUAGGUUUUUUUUUAAUUUCGUAAUAAGCCUCAAAAAGGAUACUCAGAAUAAGUGGUCUCUACAUUUAGCGCUGUCGACUGGCCUUCUGUGACUGCCUUGGAUGCGUCUUUAGCAUGGUUGCAAUCUCUGUCCUCACAAAUAAGAAACAAAAUGUUUACAACUACCAAGCAAGCAGCUAUUGCCACAAUCUGUGCCUUCCGCUGGUUUCCCUGGUAUCCUUUCAUGCCUUGCAGAUUUGUGGACUGUUUUUUAAUCUCUUAUUGCUGCAUUAGAAUGAAGAAUGACGGUGACUUUCCAGCUGCGUGAAUUUCCUUGGGGAAUGAGAGCGCUUUUUUUUGUUUGUUUUUGUGCCCUUCUGAUGCUCUUGUAUUUCCUCCUAUGAAUGUCAUGUCUCUGUGAGAAUCGACGCUAUCGAGAUCUCUUGAUGGGGUUACAUGCUAAUCCUGGCAAGUUUUACUUGAGAGGCAGGUGAAGGGUGAAGUCAUCGCUGAAAUCAAGACAAGAAGAGAAGUAUUGUUUUAAAAAUGAAUGUCGUUUGAAUCAAUAUGGGUGUUUCAUACAAUCGCCAAGCUUUCCAGGCACAAGAAAACCUAACAAGUCUGGGAUUCUUGACUUUUUGUGGGGUAGCAUUUCAGUAGCCCAAAUAUGGUCAAGCACCUUACUGGCCAGGUCUGGAUUGUAUCUAGUGGAAUCCUUUCUCCUAUAAUUUGCAGGAUUGGACAUUUAUGUUGUCUGAUUCACUAUAACAACAUCUUGGAGGAACAGUUGGGUUGUUUCCAAUGUAGAAAUUGAGGAAAAGAAACAAAUGCUGAAGUUGCCUCAAUAUUGUUGUUGCUAAAGUAUCAGCUACCUGACGUUGAAAGGUAUUAUGUUACCUUUAGAUGUUGUUAACUAACCAAAAAGUUAUUUGCUCUGUUCGCUGUUAUUCUUUCAGUUCAUCCCAGUUAUCAUGCUAGCAUUGGACCAUUUGAAUCACAACUUAAUAUCCACUGUUUGAAUGACUGUGCAAAAUAAAAACUGGUAUGAAAUACCUGAAA